AUGCAAUUCCCCUUGAAGGGUACUCAACAUCAAACCGGCUGGACCGGAUCAACAUAUCAAGAUGCUCCUAGGACAAUAGAAAGAAAGAGGAAAGGUAGAGGAGUCGAUAUUAUAGGUACUUCCUCAUUACCAACGCCACCUUCACGUUCUACCCAUCUUCCCACACCAGAGACGAUACGUCGAUCGAGUCGACCUCGUAAACCUAUUGAACCUGUUGCAUCUUCUUCAACCUCCGCACAUCUACCCACACCUCAAACUCAACGCACACGACGUAAACUAUCCCCUUCUCCAUCGGUGUUGAUCGAAGGGGAAGCUAUACCUUCUCCAUCAGGUCAUACCACUUUUUACCUUUCUUCAACAAAUCCAUCAUCCUCUAGGCCGGAAAAGAUAAGACGCAGACCUGGAUUGACAUUCGCUCAACAAAUGGGUUUACUGACGAAUACAAAUAACGGAAGAGGUGUUGGUGUAGGUGUGGGAAUGGGUGGACACAAAGCUGGGAAUCAUGGGAAAGUGGAUCAGAUUGGACAUCAAACUUCAAAUAUGACUGUCACCGUGACUAAAGCAGAUGAAAAUCCAUUCUACGUUUCGUCUUCGGAAUCAGGUUUAGGUGCAGGUGCACCAUUAACACUAGCAUCACCAGGGUUGAUCACAAGUCAUCGACCAGGUGAAGAAGAUUUCGAUUCUGAUACAGAUAACGUACCAACGUUAUGUUCACCUAAACCAAGACGAAGUCCAAGAAAACAAUCCCCUUCACCAAAUCAUCAUCUCUCACCACAGUCCCAAGAAUCCACAAUACCUAUUCAUUUCUCAUCUUCUAUAGGUUUACUUUCACCACCACCAACAAAACAUGCUCCUCGUAUAGGUAUCAAUACCCCAGGUAAGAUGGUUAAGGGUGUAACGAGGGAAGAAGCGAAGAAGAGAAUGGAAAGGGAAAAGGAAAUGUUAGAUUAUGAAUAUAAUCCAUUCUUAACAAAACCUGGAGAAUCAUCAAAAAGAUCACCUGGACCUGUAGUAAAUGAGGAUUUGCCGACUGUAACAUACGUUUUUAGAGGUUCGAAGAAAGUUUUCGCCAACCCCUUAUAUCCAUCAGGCGCACCUUUCCAUCCAGCUGAAUUAGAUCCUGAAGAUGAUGAAUUUGAACCUCAUCCAUUACCUCAACCUAGAUUGUUAUGGCCAACCGGACCUUCACCCUCAAAGUCAAAGUUGAGAAUGAUGAGAACUCCAUCUCCUGAACUAGAUGUUUCGCCACCAAGUUCACCUGUAUCCACACCGACAACAAGCAGGCGAUUUGGUAAAUCUGCUUUGUCAUUAGAACAUGAAAAGGACAGUGAGAAUCAUGAAGGUGUUUACAGUGAUGAUGAAGGCGAACUGAUGAUGAGGAAUGUCAGAGCACAUUUGACUGAAGAAGAUCAUGAACACGAAGAGGAUUUACCUUCUAGACGAGGGUUGUUAUUUGGUGGACAUGGAAGUACGAAAGGAAUGAAAAGAGGUUUAGGAGAAGUUGAGAGUGAGAUUAGUAGUAGAGGAAAGAAAUCAAGGGGUCUACUACGACUAUAG